CAUAUCAAAAGUCCCACACAAAAAAAAUUCUUUUUUCCUUCUUCCCAGUGUUGUUCCCUUUUCUUUGCAGGUUUUUGUUCCUUGAGUUUGGACGUUGAUUCUACUGCUGCUGUUGUUAGUUUGUUUGUUUGUGGUGUUGUAGAGGGGCUAAAAGGUUUCUCCUUUCUGUACCAAUUGGAGAGACCUUUUGUUUUUCAUUUGUUCCAUGAUACUCCUUUUACCCUUAGAAUAAUCUGUCCAUCUGAUAACAUAUAGGGGCAAUGGGGAUGGGAAUUUGUUUCGUCUCCUUAUGGAAGUUCAUGGUCUUCUGUUUCUCUUUAGUGAAGAUGUAAAGCUGGGGGUCUUUGCUUUGAGUUCUUAUUGUGAAAGAGUCUAGAAAAGGAAGAAUUCUUUUAGCAAUGACGGGUUCCGUUGUUGAAGAGAAGAUGAAACCAGGAGCUUUGGUUAAUGGAGGCACACAGUCGACUCUACUCGAGGAAAUGAAGCUAUUGAAAGAAAUGCAACAUCAAUCUGGGACCCGUAAGGCUAUCAAUUCUGAGUUAUGGCAUGCCUGUGCUGGUCCACUAGUUUCUUUGCCUCAGGUGGGAAGUCUUGUGUAUUACUUCCCUCAAGGACAUAGCGAACAGGUAGCUGUGUCCACCAAAAGAAUGACCACCUCUCAAAUUCCCAACUAUCCUAACCUUCCAUCUCAAUUAAUGUGCCAAGUUCAUAAUGUUACAUUGCAUGCUGACAGAGAUACCGACGAAAUAUAUGCUCAAAUGAGUCUUCAACCGGUGAACUCUGAAAAAGAUGUGUUCCAUAUACCCGACUUUGGAUUGAAGCUGAGCAAACAUCCAAAUGAAUUUUUCUGCAAAACCUUGACUGCAAGUGAUACAAGUACACAUGGUGGUUUUUCGGUGCCUCGUAGAGCAGCCGAGAAGCUCUUUCCUCCAUUGGAUUAUACCAUGCAACCCCCGACUCAAGAGCUUGUUGUAAGAGAUUUGCAUGAUAAUACCUGGACAUUUCGUCAUAUAUACCGCGGGCAGCCAAAGCGACAUCUUCUUACAACCGGGUGGAGUUUGUUUGUCGGAUCGAAAAGGCUUAAGGCCGGUGAUUCUGUUCUCUUUAUCAGGGAUGAGAAGUCACAGCUAAUGGUGGGUGUAAGGCGUGCAAAUCGUCAACAAACGACAUUGCCGUCAUCGGUUCUAUCUGCUGAUAGUAUGCACAUUGGUGUUCUUGCUGCCGCUGCUCAUGCUACAGCCAAUAGAAGUCCUUUCACAAUUUUCUACAAUCCGAGAGCCUGCCCUGCAGAAUUUGUCAUCCCUUUAUCUAAGUACCGGAAAUCAGUAUAUGGCUCUCAAGUCUCAGUUGGUACGAGGUUUGGUAUGAUGUUCGAAACAGAAGAGUCCGGGAAACGAAGAUAUAUGGGUUCUAUAGUUGGUAUCAGUGAGGUGGAUCCUUUGAGAUGGCCUGGCUCGAAGUGGCGAAACCUUCAGGUUGAGUGGGACGAACCCGGAUGUAACAAUAAGCAGAAUAGGGUGAACGCAUGGGAAAUUGAAACUCCGGAAAGCCUCUUUAUUUUUCCUUCAUUAACUUCUGGUCUCAAGCGACCUUUAUAUCCUGGAUUUUCAGGAGCAGAAUCCGAAUGGGGAAGCUUGAUGAAAAGGCCACUACUCCAGUUUCCUGAAAAUGGGAAUAUUCCCUAUUCGUUCUCGAAUUUAUGUUCCAAACAAUUGGUGAAGAUGAUGUUGAAGCCUCAGAUUGUUAACCAUCCCGGAAUUUUUGCAACUGGUUCACAACAAUUCACUGAUGUUAAGCCAUCUCCAUUAGAAGAAAUGAAGAACUUGCAGUCUGGAAGCAACCAAAAACCGCAGCUUAUCCAAUCGGAAAAUUUGUCAAUCGAGAACCAAAAUCUUCCCAACUUGGUCCCUGACCAAUCCAAUCCAAUCAGCUCAAAUAUAUCCCAAAUCAAUGCUAAUGGGAAUCCACAUCCUGCAAAUAAAUUUGAAAGCCUAACACUAGCUGGGGCUGGGAGCAGUAAUGAAAAGAUAAAGUCGGAAUCAAAGCAUUCCACCGAGCAGUUGACUUCAGCAUUUGAAUGCAAUGAGGAAAAUUUGGUGGCGAAUGCUACAAGUCCGACUAUGUCGAAUCAACUUUCUUUUCCAAACCAGAACCAGGUUCCACUCCAAGUGCAAAAUAAUUCAUGGCUGACGCAGUCACCAUUGGAUUCAUCAGUCCUCCAAGCUCAUCAAAUACUUGAAUCCCAAGCUGAUCUUAAUACUUUAAAUAGCUUUCUUCCAUUUAGAGACAACGAUGAGUGGAUGCCAAACCUUUCUUCUUGCCAACCUUUCGCUGGGGUAUAUAAAUCACCCGGUCCCGAACCGAUGGUUGGGUUACAGGACUCUUCAGCCGUCUUUCCUGUUGAUACCGAUGCUUUGUUAACUACAGUUGGUCAGGAUAUGUGGGAACAAAAGCUGAACAAUUGCAGGCUUUCAUUCCAAGCUGACCAAUUGACUCCUUUCACUCAGCAUGAUCCGUGCAGUCUUAAUUCUGGCUGGGUGAGGGAUUUGUCUGAUAACAGCAAUAAUCAAAGUGGGAUAAAUAGCUGUCUUAAUGUUGAUGUUAGUACUGGUGGCAGUACUGUGAUUGGUCCUUUUGUGUCCAGUGCCAUUCUAGAUGAGUUUUGCUCAUUGAAGGAUGCUGAUUUUCAAAACCCUUCAGAUUGUUUGGUUGGGAAUUUCAGUUCUUGUCAGGAUGUUCAAUCUCAGAUUACCUCAACUAGCCUUGCGGAUUCUCAAGCUUUCUCUCUACAAGACUUGCCCGACAGCUCCGGUGGCACGUCUCGUAGCAACAUUGAUUUUGAUGAGAGUGGACUUCUGCAAAGCAGUUCCUGGAAGCAGAUGGCUCCACGUGUUAGAACAUAUACAAAGGUUCAGAAGGCAGGAUCUGUAGGAAGGUCGAUCGAUGUCACGAGCUUUAAGAACUAUGAUGAACUAAUAUCUGCAAUUGAAUGCAUGUUUGGACUCAAGGGUCUGCUGGAUGAUCCCAAAGGUUCAGGCUGGAAACUGGUAUAUGUGGAUUAUGAGAACGAUGUUCUCCUGGUCGGGGAUGAUCCUUGGGAGGAAUUCGUGGGGUGUGUUCGCUGCAUCCGAAUUCUGUCACCUACAGAAGUACAACAGAUGAGUGAAGAAGGGAUGAAGUUGCUCAACAGUGCAGCAACAGUGCAAGGCAUGAAUGGCUCUGAUUCAGAGGGUUGCAAUGCAAUGCAAUGCUGAAGAUUCCACCUACCUGAGUAAUCGUCGAAACCAGAUGUAUUCAA